ACCCUUUCCCGAGCUCUGUGCUCUGACAGUGGCGGUUGAUGGCGAGUGGUGUGGAAGGGGCAGCUCCAGCAGCGGCUGCUUUGGGGGGAGAAACAAAAUCUGCAGAUAGGAAUCGGAGCAGGGUGACUUCAUCUUCAAGAGGGUGAGCUUUUCUGACCUCUCUGGCUAGCUCCGCUCCAGCCACGACCGGCUUGCGGCGGGGUCGCGAAGCGCCGGCUGGACCCGCCCCGAGCUCCAUGGUUUGCCCAGCCCCACGAGAUGGUGACUCUGGGCGCCGAGGUUGGCGCCCGGCGAGCCCGCCGCUCGCAGAAUGAAGUCAGGGAGCGCGGCCGGCGGCGGGAGGGGACUGUCUCCGCGACCCCAGCUCCCGGAGAAGCCGCCCAACCGCCUGAACCCGGAAAAGGCCAACAAGUAGUUUCUCGUUGGAGAUGGGCGGCUCGGCUGGGUGUCAGGACCCAGUCCAGCUGUCCGGAAAGCCUCGUCCACGCGGAAACCAAAGCAAAACCACUUUUGUCUCGGUCUUGUUAAGUCAUGUCUGAGCCACAGAGAUGGGCAAGAUCGAGAACAACGAGAGGGUGAUCCUCAAUGUCGGGGGCACCCGGCAUGAAACCUACCGCAGCACCCUCAAGACCCUGCCUGGGACGCGCCUGGCCCUGCUUGCAGCCUCAGAGCCCCAGGGUGACUGCCUGACUGCGGCGGGCGACAAGCCGCAGCCGUCGUCCCCCUCGCUCUCGCCGUCACCGCGACCGCCCCCACUGUCCCCCGGGCCGGGCGGCUGCUUCGAGGGCGGCGCGGGCAACUGCAGUUCCCACGGCGGUGGCGGCGGCGGCGGUGACCACCCCGGGGGCGGCCGCGAGUUCUUCUUCGACCGGCACCCAGGCGUCUUUGCCUAUGUGCUCAACUACUACCGCACCGGCAAGCUGCACUGCCCCGCCGACGUGUGCGGGCCGCUGUUCGAGGAAGAGCUGGCUUUCUGGGGCAUCGACGAGACCGACGUGGAGCCCUGCUGCUGGAUGACCUACAGGCAGCACCGCGACGCCGAAGAGGCACUUGACAUCUUCGAGACCCCCGACCUCAUCGGCGGUGACCCUGGCGACGACGAGGACCUGGCGGCUAAGAGGUUGGGCAUUGAGGACGCCGGGGGCCUGGGGAUGCCCGACGGCAAGUCUGGCCGCUGGAGGAGGCUGCAGCCCCGCAUGUGGGCCCUCUUCGAGGACCCCUACUCGUCCAGAGCCGCCAGGUUUAUUGCUUUCGCUUCUUUAUUCUUCAUCCUGGUUUCAAUCACAACUUUUUGCCUGGAGACACAUGAAGCUUUCAAUAUUGUUAAAAACAAGACAGAACCAGUCAUCAAUGGCACAAGUGUUGUUCUACAAUAUGAAAUUGAAACAGAUCCUGCCUUGACGUAUGUAGAAGGAGUGUGUGUGGUGUGGUUUACUUUUGAAUUUUUAGUCCGUAUUGUUUUUUCUCCCAAUAAACUUGAAUUCAUCAAAAACCUCUUGAAUAUCAUUGACUUUGUGGCCAUCCUACCUUUCUACUUAGAGGUGGGACUCAGUGGGCUCUCAUCCAAAGCUGCUAAAGAUGUACUUGGCUUCCUCAGGGUGGUAAGAUUUGUGAGGAUCCUGAGAAUCUUCAAGCUCACCCGCCAUUUUGUAGGUCUGAGGGUGCUUGGACACACUCUUCGAGCUAGUACUAAUGAAUUUUUGCUGCUGAUAAUCUUCCUGGCUCUGGGAGUUUUGAUAUUUGCUACUAUGAUCUACUAUGCUGAAAGAGUAGGAGCUCAACCCAACGAUCCUUCAGCUAGUGAGCACACACAGUUCAAAAACAUUCCUAUUGGGUUCUGGUGGGCAGUGGUGACCAUGACUACAUUGGGCUAUGGAGAUAUGUACCCCCAAACAUGGUCAGGGAUGCUGGUAGGAGCCUUAUGUGCUCUGGCUGGAGUGCUGACAAUAGCCAUGCCAGUGCCUGUCAUCGUCAACAAUUUUGGAAUGUACUAUUCCUUGGCAAUGGCGAAGCAGAAACUUCCACGAAAAAGAAAGAAGCAUAUUCCUCCUGCCCCUCAGGCAAGCUCACCUACUUUUUGCAAGACAGAAUUAAAUAUGGCCUGCAAUAGCACGCAGAGUGACACGUGUCUGGGCAAAGACAAUCGACUUCUGGAGCAUAACAGAUCAGUGUUAUCAGGUGACGACAGUACAGGAAGUGAGCCGCCAUUAUCACCCCCAGAAAGGCUCCCCAUCAGACGCUCUAGUACCAGAGACAAAAACAGAAGAGGGGAAACGUGUUUCCUACUGACGACAGGUGAUUACGCGUGUGCUUCUGAUGGAGGGAUCAGGAAAGGAUUAGAAAUGGACAUUCAUUCUACAUCAUCCAGAUAAUGGUAUCAAAUGCCAUUAUUUGAGAAUCUUUCUUUUAACUCCAUAAAGCUGGAAGAUUAAAUACUGUAAAAAGACUUGUGCCCUUAAAGUCAAGCAUGCUUUAUUAGCUUAGUAACUACUAAAAACAUGAAAAGAGAAAAAAUAGCCCUCUUUUUUUCAGGAAUAUAUUCUGAAAUUUAAAAGUAUCAGCCAAGUGUAUAUCUUACUUAAGUUGCUUUGCCUAAUUCUUAAAAGAGUUCUGGUAUUGUAUAUGCCAAAAUUACAUCAAUACAAACUUUAAUCUGGGAAAGAAUAGAUUUUAAAGUAUUGCAACUAUAAUUUGUGAUAGCUGGUUUACUCUUUUGAGAAUGACAGCUAUAGUGAGCUUCAUUUUUUUUUUCUUCAGAGUUAUAAAUUGUUUCAAUAUUGAACUCUUUCUAAACAGUUUUUUCUUUGAGCUCAGAAAUAGCACUUUUGAUUAUCCUGCAUGGUAUUGUUUGUCUGUGUCUAUUUUCUGGUUGAAUUCAACUGAUGUCUGUGCCUUUUUUCAUAAAAGGAUAUGAAAAAUCCCGAAGCUUAAACAACAUAGCGGGCUUGGCAGGCAAUGCUCUGAGGCUCUCUCCAGUAACAUCACCCUACAACUCUCCUUGUCCUCUGAGGCGCUCUCGAUCUCCCAUUCCAUCUAUCUUGUAAACCAAACUGCAUCAGCUGGCUAAAUUGUAUUAAUUCAAGUACUGUUUAUCCCAUAAUGGAAAUAAUUAAACAUAGAGUUACUCCAAGCUCCAUUAAUCAGUACAAAUCUGCAUGAUAUUACUAUUUGAAGUCAGAAAUGCCAUUUGGGUAGCUAAUGAAUCUUAUCUUGGCUUUAAAGAUUACCUAAAGUAGUGGUACUACUUCUCCAUGUCAAUUACCCUGAUGUCUUUUUGCAAUAAAAUACGAAUAGUGUCAGAUAUUGGCCAGUACGCUAAUACAUAAACAUAUCUUCAGGGAGUUAUAUUUAAAACUGUGUGCUUCCAAAUGCCAACCACUUCAUUGGACCUUCAUUUCUGUGACUCUCUAAACCAUUCUGAAGAUGUCUGGGAUCCUAUCUUGCUUGCAUACAACAGCUCAUUUGCAUGGACCAUCUUGUCUCUUAUCACCUGAAAGCAAUGUCACAGAAUUCGGGGACCGUGGAUGGCUUGGGUAUGUGUACUUGCAUCAAACCAUCUUGCUGAUAUGAAAGCACCGGUCAACUGUUCUGCAUGUUGAAUUGUGGGGCAGGGAGGGCGAGUUUCUCUUUGACAUUUUUUUUUAUUAUUAUUCUUUGAAAGAAGUACUUGUUUUACAUAGCUUAGUUUCUUGGUUGAUUUACUUUUCUUCAAAAAUGCUGUAUUGGAGUUCUGAAUGUCUCUGGUUGUUUGCACACAGAUAACUACAAAGAGGUUGUCAUUACUGGUUACACGCAAGCUGAGGCCAGAUCCCUUACUUAAUGGCUUGCGGAAGGCACAAAACAUGAGAGAAAGGUAACUGCCAGCCAGGCUUGCAUUGUUUAAACAGGAACUGCUGCUUGGUACUAGACUCAUUUUUUUUUUUUUUUUUUAAAUUCUGGAGUUUGUCAUCAUUUUUAGGGGCAGAAUCCCAAAUAUCUCCUAAAGCUCUCCUGUCUUUUUUACCUCCUUCCUUUAUUUUUAUUUCUAAUUUUUUCGUGCAAACAUCAAAGAGCAUUGCCGUUCACAGGAGGCUUUCUUGACCAGCCUUAAAUUUCUGACUCACAAGAAUAUCAGAUUUUCAGUCAAUGUUUAAUCAGGUGCUUUGUCCUGAGUGUUGUUCUGUCUGUCUUAGCUCCCUGUCUUAACUGUAUAUGUCAUCUGUCUUCGUAAAGUACAGAAAUUCCUUCAUAUGGUGUUCAUGGCUUUAGAACUGGGUCUUCUCCUCCUCCCCUUGCCUUUUUGGCUACUUGGAACUGCUUUUCUGCUUUGUAUAUAAAUUAACGAUGCCCUGUAGGCUCCCUUAGGUAGAUGGUAUUGUGAACCUUUCUGGUAAACAGGAUUUAAGCAGCAGCACGAUCACCAUUGCCUUUGGUUGGCUGCUGUGGUGUCAGGUUCUACUACCUAUCAACCAGCGUUCAUCACUACGCUCCAACGAAAGCCCUAGGGAGUCUUAUUCAGUCCAAGCGGAAAAAGUUCUGUUUAUACAUCGCUAUGAAUUCAAUAGCAAUAGUGUGUCUGGUGUAUUGGGCAUGUGAAAGGAGAAAAAUGCCAUAAUAUAUAUUGAGGGAUAAACAAUAGUUCUAAGGCAUUCAGUAUCCUUGAGAUUGUUGAUUAAUUUCUAAUUCUUAUGUUUAUUUUUUGUUAGGAGGACAAUUGUCACUUUUAUUCUUGGACAUGUAACUUGUAUUACUCUAUAAAACCAAGUCCUAGAGCAUGACCUGCAUGUCAGAGAUCUUGUGCAGCAAUGUGUUUACCCAGACGUACACAUCUGAUAUUUAGAGAUUCAGUGACCCUCUUGAUAAUAUCACACAUAGAAAGCUAUAAUUACACACAACUUUAUGGUAAAGAAAAUUAAUAUACUGUCUGGUGCUGCUAUUAUUGACUGCAGUGUUGUACAGAAUUUAUCAUGGAUUUUUGACUGCUGAAAAAGGGACAGUGGAAUUUGGCCAUGCCAAGGACUGUACUGGAAACAGGCUUCUGCUGCUGAAUGUGCCCUGAUGUGACCAGGUUGCACUGGGAAGGAGUCCCGGCGUCUUCAUGAAGCAUUUAAAGCUCAUAAAAGAACUGUGGCUGGAACUCAUCUGGUGCUCCCGUAUGAGUGGUCUGCUUAUGGACUGGCCAGUGUCCAUGAAACAAAUGUAAAUACCAACAUACGUGCAUGGGUCAACAGUUUUGGCCAUCUCACAUCAAAGGAAGCCAAAUUCAUGAUCCACAUUUCCGAAGCUUCAAGUGUGGCCCAUACCUCUGUGGAUUGCCCCUCAUGGGCCUGCAGUAGAUUAUGCUGUAAAUCAUACAAAGUAGUGAUAUUGACGUAGUAUAGAUCUAUCUUAAUUUCCCUUAUUUCUUCUUUAUUGGUUGGAUCCAUGAACAUUGACUGUAUCAUUUUCUUAUAAACCACUUAUAUUUGUCAUGUUAUAUUGUGAAAUUUUCAGUGCCUAUUUAUCGAAAAUAACCUAUUUUUAGUCACAUAUUUGUUUGGUUCUGGAAAAUUGCUAUGAGAAAAAAAACUCACCAACAUUAUUCAUAGUUUGUCUUUUGUCAUUAUUACCUCGAUUAUAAAUAUUACAAAAAAUAAAAUUCUGGCAAUGAGAGUAUUUUUUUACUAAAUGAUCAAGGAGCAAUGUCAGUAUAUAAUAGAUUAUUAAUCAAAUUAUAUCCUAAAAUGUAUAUUUUGCAUAAAAGAGAUAUUCUUCAAUCAAUUACUUUUUUUUGUGAGUUUUGUGACAAACGAAGCUUGUACUUGUCUUUAAAACUAUCGUAGUUGAAACUGUAUAAGUAUUCUUCAACUUGCUUAAUCAAUAUUUCUAGAAUCUAUUAGUUCCCCUGGGAUUCUGAAUAUAACAUAUAACCUAAUUAUAAAUUCCUGUAUCGUGGACCUUUUGUGAACAUUUCAAGGUGCAUGUACAACCUUGUUGAUAAUCAUGGAAAUGUUACUAACUGAAAUGAAGAAUAAAAGGCAAAUAUAAGCUGGGGAUAAA